AUGUUUUCGUUGUCAUUCUUUGAAAAUGAGAGAAACGGUCCGAAGGACGCACCACAGCGGUCCUCGGAACAAGAGGCGCAAACAAAUGCUGAACCUCCGACAACCAUUACUACGGAUGCCUUCAGGAAUCCGGACAAUAUACAGAUUCAAGUAGCUCUGGACACUUUCUUUAUGCGCAUCUAUCCCCUUCCGGGAUAUGCCUUCCUGCACCGCGCCUCGCUGUAUGACCGGUUUCACCGAGGACAGACUGACCAGUGCCUUCUUCUCGCUAUCAUUGCUAUUUCGACUUGUUUAACAGAGGUAGACUCCGCAAAGCGUGAGUACGCCGCUCAAUGCCUGAAAAAGGCAGAACAGCUCAUCAUCAAUAACCUAUCACAACCAUCCAUCAUCCGAACUCAGGCUCUACUUUUGAUAGUACGGUGUAAGAUGUGCUUUGGGGAGUAUUCCUCUGCAUUUCCACUUGUAUCGCUACUUUCUCGGUUCGCCUUUAGUUUACGAUUGAAUUACGAUGACCAGAGAGUUUGCUUUCUGGCCCGGGAAGCUCGUCGCCGUCUUAUGUGGGCCAUCUAUAUGCUUGACCAAAGCUGGGCUGCGGGCCUACUAGAAUUCACCACCUGUCCAGUAGAUGCUAUCUAUGUUGGCCUGCCGUGCCCCGAAGAGACUUGGGAAUUGGAUGUUUGCCCAGAGACGGAAGUACAGCUCAAGUCACAAGCUAAGCUUCCUGGGUUACUAGCAGCAAAUGUCUGCGUGUCCUAUCUAAGAGACAAGAUUUUGCGUCAUGCAAAGCGAUUUGCCGCGGGGAAUUGCCGUGCCAUUGAGAUAAUGUAUGGGAUACGAGAACUGGAAACUGAGUUAGAGAAUUUCUAUCUCCGAUUGCCCCCAUCCAGUGCCUAUUCAGAGAGAAAUCUUAGACUUCGUGCUCAUUCGCCCUGGCUGCCUCGGUUUAUUGUUCUACAUGUCCUGUGGCACCAGUGCUACUGUGAUCUGUAUCGCUGUAUUACUAGUGGGCUAAUCGAAUCUAUCCCGGCAGCCACAUUGGAUGAGUUUGAUAAUGCCUUUGUUCUCAGGUGUCGGGAACAGUGCACACACCAUGCAGCACAGAUCGCAGGGAUUCUUACCUCGCUCAUGGAUCUCAGGUUGGAGUUCCCAAUCCUUCCACUGGACAUGGCUGUUUGUGCGUACCAGUGCAUACGUCUCCUCGUCCAUGGGCAGAGGACAUAUGGGCAUAAGAUAUCGGUAUCGCGCGAGAGGGUCAAGCAGUAUCAACACUCAUGUUUGCAAAUUAUACAGACUGUAGCUCGGACUUCUCCCUCAGUUCAGACAAUUGAACAUGACCUGAAAAGUCUGAUCGAUGAAACCCAGGAUCAGAACGCCCAUCCAGAGAACCGCCCUAGGCACACCCAACCGCAGGGUCCUCGCCAGAUCCUGUCAAUCCAUAGCUUGAUUGCUAGAUCGGAAUUCGUUGAUGACAGCGAGGAACUAGCACUUCAGGAUGUGCAUGCUAGCGACAACCCCUCUGCUUAUGAGAAGCAUAACCAUGAAUACAGCGGACCACUAAACACGUUGGAGCUGCCAUCCCCGUUGCCCAGUUUCGACACUGUAGAGCAUAUGACACCAGGCUCAACUGUGGCAAGCCAAGUGUGGCUACAGGGUGGCAAUGCAUUUGAGGGAGCAUGGGAUGAGCCCGGUAUAGGGUUUGAUUUGAUUCGGCAGAUGCAAUGGGAUGGUAUGGGAUACUUUGGUUGA